AGACCGGAAGCGGUUGCGGCUGAUAUCAGUUCCGGCGGGUGACGGUGCGGACGGGUCAGGAGCGUAGAGGCGGCGGCAAAAUGGCGGCGCCUGAGGAGCGGGAUCUAACCCAGGAGCAGACAGAGAAACUGCUGCAGUUUCAGGAUCUGACUGGUAUAGAAUCUAUGGAUCAGUGUCGCCACACCUUGGAACAACAUAACUGGAACAUAGAGGCUGCCGUACAGGACAGAUUGAAUGAACAGGAGGGCGUGCCAAGUGUCUUCAGCCCACCUCCAUCCCGACCCCUGCAGGUUAAUACAGCUGACCACAGGAUUUACAGCUAUGUUGUCUCAAGACCACAACCAAGGGGGCUGCUUGGAUGGGGUUAUUACUUGAUAAUGCUUCCAUUCCGAUUUACGUAUUACACGAUACUUGAUAUAUUUAGGUUUGCUCUUCGUUUUAUACGGCCUGACCCUCGCAGCCGGGUCACUGACCCCGUGGGGGACAUUGUUUCAUUUAUGCACUCAUUUGAAGAGAAAUAUGGGAGGGCUCACCCUGUCUUCUACCAGGGAACGUACAGCCAGGCCCUUAAUGAUGCCAAGCGGGAGCUUCGCUUUCUCCUGGUUUACCUUCAUGGAGAUGAUCACCAGGACUCUGAUGAGUUCUGUCGCAAUACACUCUGUGCACCUGAAGUUAUUUCACUAAUAAAUACUAGGAUGCUCUUCUGGGCAUGCUCUACAAACAAACCCGAGGGAUACAGGGUCUCACAGGCUUUACGAGAGAACACCUAUCCGUUCCUGGCCAUGAUUAUGCUGAAGGACCGGAGGAUGACGGUGGUGGGACGCCUAGAAGGCCUCAUUCAACCCGAUGACCUGAUUAACCAACUGACUUUUAUAAUGGAUGCGAACCAGACUUACCUGGUGUCAGAACGUCUAGAAAGGGAAGAAAGAAACCAGACCCAGGUACUGAGGCAGCAGCAGGAUGAGGCCUACUUGGCGUCACUCAGGGCCGACCAAGAGAAGGAAAGGAAGAAGAAGGAGGAGCGGGAGCGCAAGCGGCAGAAGGAAGAAGAGGUGCAGCAGCAGAAGCUGGCGGAGGAGAGGCGGCGGCAGAACUUACAAGAGGAAAAGGAAAGGAAGUUGGAGUGCCUCCCUCCGGAGCCUUCUCCAGAUGACCCUGAAAGUGUCAAGAUCAUUUUCAAGUUACCCAAUGAUUCUCGAGUGGAGAGACGAUUCCACUUUUCACAGUCUCUGACAGUAAUCCACGACUUCUUGUUCUCCUUGAAGGAAAGCCCUGAAAAGUUUCAGAUUGAAGCUAAUUUUCCCAGGCGGGUGCUGCCUUGUGUCCCUUCAGCAGAGUGGCCCAACCCCCCUACGCUGCAGGAAGCCGGACUGAGCCACACAGAAGUUCUCUUUGUUCAGGACCUGACAGACGAAUGACACUUUCUUGCUCUCCCCUUACACCCCUAUCCCUGAAAGAAAUGGAUAAAACGAAAACAGAAAACAUACACAAAAAAGAGAUUCAUAUUAUUAUUAUUAUAAUACAAUAUUUUUUUUAAAAGACUGCUGCAUCCUAAGGAAGGAUCAGAAACCAUGCUGCCUGCGAGAGUCAACACCUCUGUGUGCACGAGGUGAGCAGUGGUCGGCCCUGCUCGACAAGCCCACCCUUCCCGCUGGCCUCUGCACCGCGCACCUGCCAGCCAUCGGAGAGUGCACCUCCAACCCCGAGGAAGGGACGUUCCCACUCGUUCUUACUCAUUCUUACUUUUAUGGAAAAUAAAAGUGAAAAGCCUCCCUCUGCCUGCUGCUGCAGCAUCUCCUGAGGACUCGUGUCUCUGACAUCCGGAGGAGAGGGGGACGAGGAAGCGCAUGGCAGGGGUCUUGUGGAACUGCCCACAAUGUAUGAAUAACUUUCAUUGGUUCUUUUGCUUUGUAAUGACCAAAGGAAUACGGCAAACAUAGGUGUAUUUUUUUUCCCCUUAAUAUUUAAUAAGAGCCAAUUCUUAAGCCCAUGCAUAGUGUAAUAAAGGUGCCCUGGGUUGGUU